CUCAUAUCUUAGAAUUUUAACUGUUGCAGUCUAAUGUUCAAGUGAUACGAAUUGUUGGAUGCGGUGAUAGAGUUUAGGCAGUGUAGCAGUUAAAAGUGGUUUUCUUUGUUGGGUUUUUUGACAAUUUGGAUGGCCAGUGUGCAACAAAGCAGAUACUUUACGCCUUGUAGGAAAUAAUGUAAAUGAUGCACUGUUCGAAAAAAUAGCAGAAACUAGAAUGAUUAGAUAUAAACUCUUCCCUCUUCUCCUUAUUUACAUAACAUCCACAACGAAAUGCGAAAUUUCACGAAAGAAGCUAGAAGAUAAAUCCCGUACAAACGCCAUACGACAUGCAUCAAAAAAUGAUGAACGUUUCUUUAUAUCUAAAUCUACAGGAUGGAUAUUUCCACCGAACAAUGCUUCCGAAAGAAAAAUUAACCAAGAUCAAAUUCCAGCUUCAGCAGAAUUUGGAGGUUACCAUUAUUUACCACCACCACAUUCUUUGACCAGUGAUCAUGACAAAGAUUGUAGUCCUUGUAACCUUGAACCGUGGAUACCAAUAGCAGGCCAUAAUAAAUAUAACAACGGAAAUCAAAACCAUUUUUCUAGUCCCGCACAUAGUGUAAAUAGUAAUUUAAAUAACGGAUACUCUGGAUUAUAUGGAACACCUCCAAAUGUCCAAUACGGAGUUCCAAAACCUCAGUAUGGGCCUCCACAACAAGAAUAUGGGCCACCUAAACAAGAAUAUAGUCCACCUAAACAAGAAUAUGGACCACCUAAACAAGAAUAUGGGCCACCUAAACAAGAAUAUGGGCCACCUAAACAAGAAUAUGGGCCACCUAAACAAGAAUAUGGGCCACCUAAACAAGAAUAUGGACCACCUAAACAAGAAUAUGGACCACCUAAACAAGAAUAUGGACCACCACAACAAGAAUAUGGACCCCCACAUCAAGAAUAUGGACCACCCAAACCACUGUUCGGACCUCCAAAGCAAGAAUAUGGACCACCCAAGACUUUAUAUGGUCCCCCAAAUCCUUUACACGGUGCUCCCCCUCCAUCUUCGGGAGAUGUGUUCGUAUUAGACUAUAUGAUCCCUCCUCCAGUUCAUUACAAAUUACCUAGUUUGAUGUACGGUCCACCCAAGAAGUUAUAUGGUCUUCCCAAGCCAUUGUAUGGGGCUCCGAAACCGUCCUAUGGACGUCCCAAACCAAAUUAUGGUCCUCCUAUCAAACCGAAUUACGGCCCGCCACCUAAGCCAAAUUAUGGCGUACCGCCCAAACCAGAAUAUAGACCACCUCAAGAUUUUAAUCCUCCGAAAGUUGAAUACGGUCCACCCAAACCGGUAUAUGGUCCUCCUCCUAACCAAGAUUAUGGUCUUCCACCAAGCAUUUUCAACCCACCCCCUCCUCAACCUGAGUAUGGUGUUCCACCAGCACCGGUUUAUGGUGUACCAAAUAAGCCAAUAUUUGAAAUACCGAAACCAGAUUUUACUAUUCAACGUUUACCAUCGCCUACGCAAAAUUCGCAGUCGACUGUUCUCGAGAGAAUACCGGAUAGUUUUCCAAAUAUUAAUGAUUUACAAGAUGCUGUUUCUCAAAAUUUUAUUCCACCACCACAAGCUUCUGUAGACAGUUCUCAAGUUGUUGAUAAUUCUGAUUCUCACUUGGCUGAUAUUCCAUUGGACAACGGUUUCAUUCCCCCACCUGUACCAUCAGACAGUUACGGCAACCCUGUAACUGGUGAAAAUUUUGAAUACAAUCCACAAUUUGAUUCUUUACCAGCUCCAAGCGGUGAUAACGAUCAUUCGUUUAACACCAACAUAAAUAAUGGUCAUCAGUUUAACUUACAAAAUCCACAAGUACAUUUGCCCAACUUAAGUCCAGUACCUGCAUUACCCAUUUAUGAAUUUAGAAAUUUCAAAGGACAUCAAAACAAUGAUCAGAAUGUCCAAGUGCAAAAAAGCGUCAAAGUUGCUGAUUUUGUAGCUUCUGUAGAACAUCCCAUAAACAUUAUACAGUCGCCAUUAGUUGAGCUUCAGAUCAAUGAAGAACCUGAACACAACUAUCAAAAUAAUUCAGUUUAUACCACCCGUAACGCUAAAACUCAUUAUCCUGAAAAUAAUUUACCAAACUUUUCAAAUGAUAUUGGAAAUUUCAAACUCAGCGAAAACCCUAUUGUGGUAGAAGAUACACAUACAUCUGCUACUAAUAUUAAAAGUAACGUAUCGGCGAUAGAUACUUCUCAAAAACGAAACAUUGACAAAUACUUAUCAGGAAGUAGUAAAGACAUUUCAAAAAUAAAUAAAGCACAAAACGAAGCUGAUCUAAUAAAACAACUAUUGAUCGAAAAAGGUAUUCUUGGAGAUCCAAAAACUAAGCCUCUUGGAGUGAAAACGAUGAAUCAAACCUCAACUUUCCAUCUACCUACUAUAGAUUAUAACAAUGAUUGGGUUCCGAAGUACCAUCCACCAGCGGUAUCCAGUUCGAUGGUACCACCACCGUUUAACAGCAAGUCAUCUUGGGUACAAACCAGUACUCAAAAACCAAUUCAGAUCAUCGUCCCUUAUACAAACAAAAUUAAACCUACAGAAAGUUAUACAACUCUUGUACCCUCGUAUACACCUCCAAUGGCUACCGAGAAUUCAGUUUGGGCCAAGUUUUUAACCAACAUUGAUACAACUAAUUUAAACAAAGUUACUAGCAAACCUUUUACGAAAGUUAGUACAGCCGUUUACAAUAUUAAAGAUCUAAUAGCUGCCAAUGAUUAUAAUACCGUUAAAGAACAACUGCCCUACGAUAUAAUAUCGUUACAAAAAAAUAUAGACGAUUGGACCCACCAAUCUUUUUCCCAUGAAAAGACUGCUCCAGAUCCAGUGUUAUCACCAAAACAAAUACCAGCAGAUUUCUUCACACCAAAAACUACUACGUAUUCUAAUGAUAUAUUUGAUCACCAGUCAGCAGAAUCUUCUAGAAAAGAAACUGAAAUUGAUGCAGAUAUAGAAACAAACAUCAUUGUUGCUGCAGAUGCAGCUAGUACUGAUACUUCUACAACACCUUUACCAACGACCACAGAAACCAUUCUAGUCAAAAAGGAGCAAAAAUCGUCUUGGAAAUCUGCUUACGUUACAGUUAGUCCCCAUUCCAAAGAAAAGGUGUACGUGGUAACUCCGCAAGCCUACAGUUUUGUGACUUCCAGUCCCGCAAAUGCUUGGAGCAUGGCUCCGAAAGUACAAAAUGGUACCUACAACAAUGUAACAGUGAAUUCGCAAAGGUUCUCUGUUAGGAUAGAACCGCAAAGUAAUGAGUCUAGAGAAAAGAUGCAGAAGAGCAUCAAGAACGCUAUCAAGGUAGUCUACAGCGAGUGGCCUCAUUUAAUUAAUAACCUCCAAACAACUACAACUAAGCCAACAUCUGGACAUCCACUCUUUGGACUUAUGGGCAUAACGGCAUACACCCCGCCACCUAAUUCUACAAUAGAAACUUGGGUUGGACAUUCAAAGGUCGUCACAGUUGUAACUCCAUCUUCGAAAGGAGACAAAACCAAAGAUGCCUAGUUAGAGAUGCCUACAACAAAGAAUAUGUUCGAAUUGCAUAAAGGAAGAUGACUACGCCCACACUGUACACCUACAAUCCCUAGGCUGAAUUGAACAGAUAUCUCUGUACAUCUCUGUAAAGCAUUUAUUUAAUGUAGAAUAACCUACAU